UGCUCUCCCCUUCCUCAUCAAAUUCUCAAUUUCUUUCUCUUCUCUGUUUUUCCAAUAACCAUAACCACAGCCACCGCCGCCGCCAUGGAUGCUCCGGUGCCUCAUUUGGCCAUUUUUCCCAGCCCCGGAAUGGGCCAUUUAAUUCCACUUGUUGAAUUCGCCAAACGCCUUGUUUUGCACCACCAUAUAACGGUCACUUUCAUCGUCCCUUCCGACCAUCCGCCGUCCAAGCCUCAAAAAUCUCUCCUUGAUUCCCUCCCUUCCGGCAUCGAUCACACCUUCCUCCCGCUGGUUAGCUUCCACGAUCUUCCCCAUGAAUCCAAGAUUGAAACCAUCAUUUCCCUCACUGUUUCUCGAUCUCUCCCAUCUCUUAAAAAUGUACUGAAAUCCAUGGUGACUAAUUCAAACCUUGUCGGCUUGGUCGUUGAUCUUUUCGGCACCGACGCGUUCGAUUUAGCUAGAGAAUUCAACAUUUCCCCUUAUAUUUUCUUUCCUUCCACCGCUAUGGUUCUCUCAUUUGCUCUGUUUCUUCCCAAACUCGAUGAAUCCGUCGCCGGCGAGUACGGUGACCUCCAGGAGCCGAUCCAAAUUCCGGGAUGUAUUCCGAUUCACGGCAAGAAUCUAUUGGACCCAGUUCAAGAUCGGAAGGACGAAGCCUAUAAAUGGACAUUUCACAACAUGAAGAGGUACGUUUUAUCAGAUGGGAUUUUUCUGAACAGCUUCCCGGAAUUGGAGCCCGGAGCUAUCAAAUUUCUCCGAGAAGAGAAACAGGGGAAGCCCCCUGUUUACCCAAUUGGGCCAUUGGUGAGAAUCGAUUCAAAUGGAAGCAACAAGAAGGCAGAGUGCCUGAAAUGGUUGGACGAACAGCCAAAUGGGUCUGUUCUAUACGUGUCAUUUGGAAGUGGGGGCACUCUGUCUAGCCAUCAAAUCAACGAAUUAGCCAUGGGAUUGGAAAUGAGUGGACAAAGAUUCAUAUGGGUGGUAAGAAGUCCAAGCGAUAAGGUGGCCAACGCUACCUAUUUCAACGUCCACAGCCACGACGACCCUUUUGAUUUUUUACCAGAAGGGUUCGUAGAAAGGAUGAAAAACAGGGGACUGGUGGUGCCGUCAUGGGCGCCGCAGACUCAGAUACUUAGCCACAGCUCCACCGGCGCAUUCCUGACUCAUUGUGGAUGGAACUCAACGUUAGAGGCGGUGGUUAAUGGAGUUCCUCUGAUCGCAUGGCCGCUUUAUGCAGAGCAGAAAAUGAACGCGGUGAUGCUGACAGAGGAGAUCAAGGUGGCGUUGUGGCCAAAAAUGAACGAGAAGAAAGGGAUUGUGGAGAAGGAAGAGAUUUGGAAGGUGGUGAAGGCGGUGUUGGAAGGUGAAGAGGGGAAGACAGUGCGAGAGAAAAUGAAGGAAUUGAAAGAGGCAGGUGAAAGGGCUGUUGGAGAAGAUGGGUUGUCCACUAAAAUAGUGUGCGAGAUGGUUGAGAAGUGGAAGAACAAGAUUUCCACUUGACUUGCCUUAUCCUUACAAACAAAACCAUAUCCCUACAAGAUGUUCAUAUUUAAAA